GAAACACCACCUCCAUUCACAGCAUUCGCUCCAGAGGCAAGAACGGAGCAGCAGGGAUACACUUUGAGCUUCAUUAUACCGGCACUAUGGACCUGGCACUUUUUUGCGUUAUAUGUGGAUUGUAUUCAGUUCUGGCCAGAGAGGGAAGGUAUAGUGCACCUGUCUUGGAUGUGAAAUCUCAACAGCUUGUCCUGGGCUCAGACCAAACCCUGUUACUCAACUGCAGGGGUCGCUGGAAGGUGAUGUGGGUGCACCCUCUAGCUCUGACCGCAGAACAGGUUAAAGUGGUAAACUCACGCUGUGGAAGGACUACACAGCAUUACUGCAGCCUCCUGACCAUCACCCACACUAAGACUGACAACACAGGCUUCUACAAGUGCUACUAUGAGCAUCGUCCGGAGAGGAACACAUCUGUGUACGCUUAUAUCACAGAUAGCCAUCGGCCAUUUGUGGAGCAUUCAGGAAUGAGCCCAAAUGUGCUGUACAAGAAGGAGAAAGAGCCACUCAUCAUCCCUUGCCGCGUCACCCACCCAAAUACUACUGUCACUCUGGCCAAGUUCCCAAACGGGCAAAGGCUGAGCCCAGAUCAGAGGAACAUCCUCUGGGACAGUACGAUUGGCUUCACCAUCCGCAGUCCCACCUAUUAUUAUACGGGGCCUUUCUUCUGUGAGACCUCCAGAGAUGGUGCACCUCUGAAGUCACGGAUAUACAUUGUACAUAGGCCAGUGAGCAACAUCCUGGAAGUGUACCUGAACAGCAGCGGGUCGGUGCAGGCGCUUAGGGGGGACAGACUCGUCCUGAACUGUACUGCCACAGGGGAACUGAACACCAGGGUCAACUUCACCUGGGACUAUCCUGGGCAGAACAAUAGUUUAAACUCCAUCACAAAGAAGAUCUAUAGACACAGCAAGCACAUCUUGUUCUACAGCAUCCUGACCAUCCCAAAGCUGCAGCCUUCUGACCGUGGCCAGUACACCUGCCGCGUGUCCAGUGGAGACAACGUCAAACAGCAGAGAGUGCCAGUGACAAUUUAUGACCAUCCAUUCAUCCGCCUUAAGCCCAGACAAGGAUGCUUAAUAGAAACAGAAAUUGGACAGAAAUCCUACAAGAUCUCUCCAAAACUACGAGCAUUCCCUAACCCAGAAGUCAUGUGGUUAAAGGAUGGCAGAAUUGCUGCAGAGCAGUGUUCCAGAUAUCAUUUAGAGGGGCACUCCUUGGUCAUUCGGGAUGUUGCUGAAGAGGAUGCAGGAAAAUACACUAUCCUGGUACGAAACCAGGAGCAUGGACUUUGUCAGAACCUAACACUCACCCUGAUGGUGAAAGUGAAACCGGAGAUUGGGGAGAAAGCGGUGUCAUUACAGGACCCUGGUCCUGUACCACAGGGGAGUAGACAAGCACUGCACUGCACAUCACAUGGGAUACCCCCACCUCACAUCCACUGGUCCUGGCACUCUUGCCCUCCAAAAAGCCUGUGUCCCCCAUCCUCCCCAUGGACCCCUGUAACUGCAGGACAGAGGGCCACGUCCACACGAAACCACAUCCUCAGUGUGUCCCAACACCACCAACUACUCCAGGGAAAGAAUAAGACUGUGGGGGUCCUGACUGUGGCAGAUGCCUCUGUUUCUGGAGUGUAUCGCUGCAUUGCCUCUAACUCUGCGGGCACCGACCAAAGAGACAUCCCAUUCUACAUCACAGACAUAAAGGGAGGCUUCAGUGUGAUCCAGGAGGAGAAGUCCUGGGAGGGUGGAGACCUGCAGCUCACCUGCCGAGCCAAUAAACACCUGUACAGUAUGUUGUCAUGGAAACAGAUGAACAAUACACACCCUGCUCUGGCUCAGCUCAGUGUGGGGAAGUACUCUUCUGCUCUGGUGCUGCGGCGUCACAACCUGAGUGCUGCAGAUACAGGGCUGUACAGAUGCUCCGCCCACCACCUGCUGACAGGACAACAGGCUCACCUGGACAUACAGGUCAACGUGUCAGUUUUAGAGCCGCCAGCGCUCCUGAAUAAUUUGACUGACCGCACAGUAAACUCCAGCAGUUCUGUGACACUUAAGUGUGACUCCCGUGGUGUGCCACCUCCUACAAUCACAUGGUACAAGAGAGAAGAAGCUCUGCUUCAAGGAUCAGGCAUUAUGAUAUCAUCAGAGGAUGGUACACUCCACAUUGACCGUAUCACUGAAGAGGACCAGGGCCUGUACACCUGCAAAGCCACCAACAAAAGGGGCUCUGCACAAAGCUCCGCCCACAUAUGGGUCAACAGCAUUUCAGAGUUUUCUUUCCUGGAGGUUCCCACUCUGGCCUGCACCUGUGUCGUGGCUACGCUUCUCUGGCUCCUGCUCACACUGCUCAUUCGGAAACUAAGACAGAGCUCACACACAAAGCCAGAGUACCUUUCAAUCAUCUUGGACACUGGUGCAGGGCCUCUCAGUGAACGGCUGCAGUAUGACGCCAACCAAUGGGAGUUCCCAAGAGAGCGUCUCAAAUUAGGGAAACCUUUGGGCCGAGGAGCUUUCGGUAAAGUGGUCCAGGCCUCUGCUUUUGGCAUUGACAACGAAACCAGCUGCAGGACUGUGGCUGUUAAAAUGCUCAAAGAGGGAGCCACAGCCAGCGAACAUGAAGCUCUUAUGACUGAACUGAAGAUACUCAACCACAUUGGAAACCAUUUAAAUGUGGUAAAUCUAUUGGGAGCCUGUACAAAAUCAGAAGGUCCUUUGAUGGUCAUUGUUGAGUACUGUCGCUUUGGAAACCUCUCCACCUUUCUCAGAACUAAGAGAAGUGUAUUUGUGGCUUACAAACAGGACCUUGACUUCCUUAUUUUUGGUCACAAAUUACAAAAAAGUGUUGAUGUUCUUUUCACAACUAUUGGCACUUCACAAAAUCAGAAUCAGUUUUAUAAUGGAAAGUCUGGUUUUGGAAAUGCACUUCACAAACAAGAAGUUACCUAUGAUCAGAAACAUAUGAACAAGGAUGAGCAAAAGUCAGUCCCAAAUUCUCCUCUGUUCCUGGAAGAUCUUAUCUCCUUCAGCUUCCAGGUGGCCCGAGGAAUGGAGUUUCUUGCCUCACGCAAGUGUAUCCACAGAGACUUGGCUGCUAGAAAUGUGCUGCUUUCAGACAACAAAGUGGUAAAGAUUUGUGACUUUGGUUUGGCCCGGGACAUUUACAGAGACCCUGACUAUAUCCGCAAAGGUGAUGCCCGUCUGCCUCUGAAGUGGAUGUCUCCAGAGUCCAUCUUUGACAAAGUGUUCACCACACAGAGUGAUGUCUGGUCCUAUGGCAUCCUACUGUGGGAGAUCUUCUCUCUGGGAGCGUCUCCGUACCCUGGACUUCAUAUUGAUGAGGAGUUCUGUCACAGGCUCAAGAGGGGAACGAGGAUGAGAGCCCCCGAAUACUGCACGCCUGAAAUUUACAGUACAAUGCUGGCCUGCUGGGAGCCUAGUCCUUCAGACCGACCUACCUUCACUGACCUGGUGGAGACUCUGGGUGACCUCCUCCAAGCCCGUGUUCAGCAGGAUGGAAAAGAUUACAUUCCCCUUGGGUCAUUCAAGAAUGGACAUGCAAAUUACAACAGUAGACUGAAGGAAAACCCACUGGCAGUAACUAACCUGAGUUACAUGAGGGGUAUGGACUCACUGCAGACAUUUGAGGAACCAUCACUAGAGGAGCAGAGCUGCCCAGACGAAGAACAGAGUGAUAGCGGCAUGGUCCUCCCCUCUGAGGAACUGAAAAAUUGGACUGAAAAUAACAGCUCAAAACUCAACAGGUUACUAAAUUUCACUAAAAUCAAGAUUAAACAUGGGCCUAUCAAUGACAUGAGCCAUGGCGACAGCUCUCCUCCGCCAGACUACAACUCUGCAUUUCUCUAUCCAUCUGUAUAGCAUCAAAUACAAAUACUGUGACACUAAAUGUUUCUUAUGCCGUAAAACCAAAGAAGCCUCCUUGUCCAGUAUCAAGAAAUUAAACAUUCCCAGAAGAAUACACAGGUGUAGUUGCCAGAGCAGAUGCACGAAAAUUUGAAACAAAGAAUUGCACUCUCAGGUUGCAGAUGUCAAAACAUUUUAAAUUGGAUAGUUGCUUAUCACAAUUUCAGGGCAUCUAUAAGAAAAAUGCUCAUUACAGAUUUGCAUGUCCCCCAAGGGUGAACAAAGCCUCAUUUCAUUCCCAACCCCAUGUUUUUAACUUCUGUUUUCAUGGGUUUCAGUCUCACCACUAACUUUUUCCUGUGAAUACUAUUUUAACAGCAAUGUUUUAAAGUGGUUAUUGGCUGACUUUACACCACUUGAAGCACACAUUGGGGCAGCCUAUCACCCAAAUACAAAAUAUUGGUUGCUGAGGUCUUUGCAAACCUUUCAAGAGCAGCUGUAUUCUCAAAUACUAAGAGCUUAAUGUAUGGAAUUAUUUUUAAUCUAGAUGCUUUCUAUACAGGUACCUCUCCCUGAGCUUCUAUGCAAUAUAAUGCUGUAAGCUUUUGUAUGCUGGAAACUGUCAGUAUAUUUAUUUGAUCAGUAUGUCAAACUGCAUUUAUAUUUUAAUAUAGUGGUAUUGUCACUAUUUGUUUAGGUAUAUAGACCAAAGCUACACCUAAUGUCUGUAUUGAACUAAUGAACUGUAAAUACA